UAGCUCGGUGAGCGCAGUCAUUAUUGCGCCAGUCUAACACCCGCUAGCGAUCUUCCUCGUCGCGGUCAUACUGACUUUCCUAGUCGAUUUCCGAGACUUAUUUCGCGAUACCAACGCGUCAGCAAGGGCGUGCGUGCGAAAGGAGAACGGCCUCGUGUGGUACGCCUCGUGGUCACCUCGCGAGCGCACCUGACUAUCGCGUCACGGUACCUCGGCGGAUACGAUGAGACUCUUCUCGGAGAACGAGGAAAAUGUGACGUGAGAGACUGGCCUUCGGCGGGUGCGACACGCUCUGCAACUCAGUCAGUACGCGCGGACGCGGGUCAUCCUGCAAAAUGACCGUCGCGAUGAGGAGGUUGCUGCCGACGGCGGCGGUGUGCUGUUGGUUCCUGGCGCUCAAUGUUGGCCAGAUCGCCGGACAAUUAUUGGACACGGAAUUUCAGCCGACGGUGACGGCGACGUGCAAGGGCGGCUAUAUGACGAUUCGUGUCAAUCUCAAUCAGAGUUUCGUAGGCGCAGUCCAUGCACGAGACCAUCGGACCCCGCAGUGCAUGGUAUCGGGCAACGGCACCACGCACGCCACUCUGGGCAUUAAUCUUUUUGCGUCGCAGGACAGUCCCGAGUACUGCGGAGUUCUAGUGAACAACCACACAGAAGAACGUUCCGUUCCUAUCGCUGUUAGGAUACACAAAACGCUGGAAUUAGCGGAUGACAAGUUUUAUGUCAUUACGUGCGGAAAGGCGGGUUUCAAAAAUGCCAAAAAUGAAACUUCGUUGGUUUCCCUGCGCCUUUUGGAUGAAGGUAUGAGAGUACAGGAAGCUAUAUACGGUCACAACUAUACCCUGCGUGCUGAGAUUUCACGCCCAGACGGAACGUACGGGAUUCGAGUCAAGAAUUGCUUCGCGUUCAACAAGCUCAAUUCCAGCGUGCAGCUUAUAGACGACAAAGGCUGUCCCGUGAAAGUGCGAAUGACGAAAUUCAUAUAUGACCGAAGUACCGGUAUAGCGGAUGCCACAUUGUUUUCCAUGUUCCGGUUUGCCGACAGUUCAGAGGUGCAUUUCCAAUGCGACAUCGCUGUGUGCAGAGGAAGUUGCGGUACCCCUAUGUGCGAAGGAGACAAAGAAGAGCUGAUAAAGGGUGGCUCCUCCACUAACGGACAAAGUGUUAGUAGUGAAGAAGGAGUGCUACUUGCUGGAACGAGCGUUUUUGUCCUCCAACCAGGCGAAAAACGAGUUGUACAAACAUUGCACGAUGACGGCAGCGUGCACCCGCUGUGGCUUCUGUGGCUGGCGGUGGCACUCGGAAUAUUAUUCCUCAUCAUGCUCAUUAUCAACAUAUUCCUGUGUUCGGCGAUGACCUGUAGCUGCACCCGGACCGACAUUAUCGAGAAGGAGCCGUCAAUCAUUGAGGAUAUAUAUAUAUAUGACGCAUGCGAUGGCGUGCCUGAACGAAUCCUUCUUGUGUUUAGGUACUCAUUAAACGGAAAGCAAGGAUACGCCUCCGGGGGAUCCACUAUGAACUCCACGAGGUCGAUAUCGACGAAUAGCGAUCAUUAUGCGAUAGUGCACUCUCGACCAGGAAGUAGAUAUUCCGGUCCUGGACAGAAGCAUCAUCAUCAUCACAGAGGACCGCCAUCCAAUAUCGGUUCACACUACUCCGGGAAGUGAUGUUCCCGUUAGCUUCAUUUAUCAAAAACUAGAACUCCAUUGUCUUCAUUAACAUUACUCUAAUUAAACGCAAAUUUUAUGUAUAUGCGUCGCUAUGGCAUUAUUCCAACCGCACGAAUGACAGGCAUUCGGUUCAACCGUAAAACCGCAACCGAUGCAACCUUAGAAGAAUUUAAAAUAUUAUAUAAGAAAUAUAAAGUUAAAGUACUGAACAAAAUAUUGAACAAUGCGUUAACAUUUUUUUUUUAUGAUAAAAAAUCAUUUUGUCGCUUUUUGGCUGAAAGUCAACUUAUCACAUUUAUCGUACAUGAAAUAAAAAACUAUUGAUUUAACAUUAAAAUAUAAUGAAUUAAUAAUAAUA